CCUUUAGGGUUCUUGGGAGGCUAGGGUUCUAGGCAGUGUAAGCGGCGGAGAUUGAGCGGCAGCGAUGGCGAAGUCGAAGAAUCACACUGCCCACAACCAGUCGAGGAAGGCGCACCGCAAUGGCAUCAAGAAGCCCAAGAGGCAGCGCUACACCUCCAAGAAAGGGAUGGAUCCGAAAUUCCUGAGGAACCAGCGCUACUCGAGGAAGCGCAUGGCGCUGCUAGCGAAAGAGAUCGUGAAAGAAGAAUCCUAGAUAGAAGAAGGCCUGUCCCAAUUUUCGAUUUAAUCCAGCAAAAGAAUUUGCCUUCCUCAUAAA